CGUAUUUAGUCAGUGAAAAAUGAGUGCAUCAGCCUUAAAAUCAACGAUACCUGGAGUAGGUACAUCACCAACUUCUACAAGUCACUCUAUUCUUCCGAUGAAUGCAAUGGCACAAAAGGUUGUAUCCGGCUCUGAACCAGGAGCUAUGAAACCUUUACCCGGAAGUGGGUUAAGCUAUGUCACAUUGCAACCACCCAAUCAACCGUUGAGUUUAGUGCAGGAUCAUAGACCUUCUGUAUAUCAGACACCACCAUAUGCAAGUGGCAAUUCUGAAAAAGAAUCGGACUUAGACAAAUUGAUUCCAAAUGGAGUAGAAAUUAUGAAAACAGAAACUGAACAAACUAUGUCUGCUGCUAUAAAACAAAGUGAAUCUAAUAGAAAUAACAAUUUAAGUCCAGAUAAUCCUGUGCAAGAUUCACAAAAAGAAAUUCAAACGGAGCAAGAAAUGACAUCAAUUGAUUUAGAUUGUCCUGCAUCGUGUCCACAACUACAAAACAAAGGUGAAGAAAAGAAAGCUCCUGUAAAUAAUGGUUCAAAAGAGUCUGAUGGCAUACCCAUUAAUACAUCUUUACAAACAAAAUUAUCUACACACAAACCAGAAGAUGCACCAGCAAAACCUGAUAGUCAAAAGUCAAAAGUCACAACUCAGAAUACAAAAAUUGCAGUAGAUAAUUCUGCAACAUCCCAAGCAAGCAAUCCCCCAAAAGUCGAACCAAAAGUCACUGGUUCGCCAAAAGCAAAUAAAAGAAAAUCUAGAGAAUUGAAAGAUUUGAAAGGAGCACAAACAGCUGUGGAUGGAGCAAGUAAGCCAAAAAGAAAUCGAAUUCAAACACAGCCUUACCAGAGUCCACUACCAGAAAUUGCAUUACUGGUGAAAAAUUUGAAUAAACCCCCACCCUCAAAAGCGGCUGAUGACAAACUUAUAGUAUUCUACAAAAAUGAAUUUUUGGCUGUGAGAAAUGCAGAGGGAAGCUUUUAUGUCUGUCAAGCAAUGCAAAAUAUAUAUAAGUCAAGUAGACGAAUUCGUAUACGUUGGCUUUCUCAAGACAAAAAUAAUGGAGAAAUAUAUUCGCCAGAUUUUUAUGAUUUUAUAGACUUUGAUUGUAUAUUAACAAAUCUAAAUUUAAAUAAAGUUGAUAAAAACAAAUUUCAACUAACCAAGAUAGAAUUGUUGCGUACAGAGAAUAUUUUGAAAAGAGCAAUUGAUGUUGAGGCUGGAGUAUCUGAAAAACCUCGAGUAACUGAGGAACAUCCAGAUGGACUUGACCUUUCACUUUAUAAAGAUGAAUCACAAUUAAAAAGAAGAAAAAAUCACAACUUACACAAACAGAAGCAAAGUUUGCGUAAGAAACCAAAACGAACUGAAAGUUCUUCUGAAGAUGAAGCACCCGAAGAAGAAUCAGGGAAAAAAUCUCCUAAAUCGAAUCGCCCUAAGAAACGAACAGUUAACAAAACAUUAGCAAUUGCUAAGUCUGUAGCAAAAGGAUCCAGUAGAGCAGAAAGAGCGCUAAACAGAAAUACAAAGUCUGGAAAUGAAACUGUUGCUGCUGUUGCUUCUACUGCUACUUCAGCUAACACUAGUGUAACCACCACCAGUACCACGGUUACCAAUACUGUUUCAUCUGUGGAUGCAACAAAAAAUAAUACCGACGUUAAAAAAAGUGAAAAUAAGAAAAGCACAAAACAACAAAGUAAUAAUAGCACAAUUGUGGUGCCAAGGACAAAACAACGCGCAUCUGCACAGAACACACAACCAAGUAAUAAAGCAGCAGGUCGUCCAAAACGCAUGGUGGCCACCACAGGUGUUUUGUCGACCGAGGAGACAACUUCUCGAAAAAAGCCACGUGGUCGAGCAUAAGAUUAACGUAAUUUACAUGUUUUUCCUGUGUUACACCUAGAACAGAGUCUGUACCGUAGGCAAUAUGUACACGUAGUACACUCUUUAAAAUUGCGAUCAAUUUGUAAUGUAAUAUAUAUGAUCUCAAGAUUCUUAUAUCUAUCAGGUGCUGCAUUAUAUUAUAGUCCAACAAUGUGGGAUCAACAAUUUAUAUAACUGUGCGGCAAAUCGCAUUUAAAUGAAAGAAAGAAAAAAAAAGACUCAGAGACUUAUAAGAGUGAUAUUGUGAUAUCAUACAAAAUUUGUACAUAUCGUCUACGUUUCAGAUUCCCUACAGGAGAAGAAAGUCACGGAAUGUAUGGAGAGAACGGUACCUUGGUUGAGUAAUAACUAUCUACAGGGUGUCACAUGCUAAUGCACUCUUGCAAUAGUCUAUUUUUGAUGUUGUGAGUGAACUGUACGUGAUUCAGUUGAGUUUAAAUGUACACUUUCCAUUGGAUAUGAUAGCUAUGUACAAAUAUAUAUGUCUGGGGCUUGCGCGUACUCUAUGAAAAGAUUAAAACAGAAAAGGGGAUAGAGUACCAAAGGAUGAGAACAAUCCGUGAAUUAUCGAUCUCCAAGUUAUGGAUCGGUAGAUUUAGAAGUACAAUAUCUGUACAUUACGCUGAAUCCUUGCUGUUUCAAAAAUAGCAUACAGAAUGGUCCAGCGCCUAUAUUAAAGA